AUGGUAUCUGCCCCCAAUGAGCGUCUAGUUGAGAGUGUGGACCAAAAGGGCGCUCGAAGGGCUCCACUCGACGCCACGAAACUCGAAAUAACCCUCUCAACGGCGCUCAAGGAACUUCCUAAGCCGACCGAGCUCGUCUUUGGCGAGACAAAGACGGAUCAUAUGCUCGUUGCUGAGCAUGAUCCAGUUACUGGCUGGGGUUCACCAAAAAUCAAGCCGUAUGCACCUCUAGAGCUUGACCCGGCUAGUCACUGUCUCCACUACUCCACCAAUCUAUUCGAGGGAAUGAAGGCAUAUGUUGGACCAGACGGCGAGCCUUUGCUCUUUCGUCCAGACCUAAACAUGACAAGGAUGACUCGCUCUGCAAAACGGUUGGCAUUGCCGGUUCCCGACCCAGGCGCGCUCCUGGCUCUGAUCAAGAAGCUCGUUUCCAUUGAGCGCCGCUGGAUUCCAACUGAAUCAGGUUAUUCCCUCUACAUUCGGCCGACGUUGAUUGGGACGCGUCCAACGAUGGGUGUAGUGCCUUCGGCGCAUGCCAUGCUCUUCAUCAUCGUCUCUCCAACUGGACCCUUCUUCAAGACGAGUGGCCCAACCGUAGGAGUCAAACCCAUCUCACUCUUCGCCGCCUACGACUUUGUACGCUCUUGGCCAGGCGGCACAGGCGAAGUCAAAAUUGGAGGCAAUUAUGCCCCUUGUUUCAUGCCGCAGACACAAGCAGCAGAGAAAGGCUACCAGCAGAUCCUAUGGCUGUUGGAAGAUGUCGAACCAAAAGAGCGAGAUACUGUCGCGGCAAAUGGCGAGGCUCCUCAUGCAAAAAGCCCCGAGAUGCGCAUCACUGAAGCUGGUCAAAUGAACUUUUUUGCGGUCAUGAAGCGUGAAGAUGGAGAUCUUGACCUCGUCACCCCGCCUCUUGAUGGGACUGUCCUUCCAGGAGUAACACGCCAGUCAUGUUUAGACCUGGCAAGAUUUCACAAUUUGCCUCCUGAAGAUCCCUUGUAUGCGUGCCUGCCUGGCAUCCCAGCCAAUACUCGCGUGCAUCCCGUCGAGCGCGUCGUCACCAUCGAAGAGGUUUUGGGACGUAACAAAGAUAACGCUAUCAUUGAAGUGUUCGGAGCCGGGACUGCCGCUGUUGUUUGCCCAAUCGGUCGGAUUGGGUAUCGACACUCGGACAUUUGCUUCCCAGUCCAUCCAGGAUUUCAUGUCUUCGCCACUUCUCGCCGCCUCGACUCGAUGAGUAACCUCAAGGACAUGGACAACAUUACGCUUCUAUCUCUAGACGUCACAAGCCUUGAUUCGAUUCGCAAGGCGCGCGACCAGGUCGCAGCCCAAGUUGGCAAGGCUGGCCUUGAUCUUCUCGUCAAUAAUGCGGGAAUAGCAGGCACCGUCCCCGCAUUGGAUCACAAUAUGGAUCAAGCUAGGGCAAUGUUUGAGACAAAUGUCUUUGGACUCAUGUCCAUGGUACAAGAGUUUAUAUCGCUGCUUCUUCUCUCCGAGCAAGCAUGUAUCGUCAACGUCGGUAGCACUGCUGCUCUUGUUCCUUUUGCAUUCAGCAGCGUGUACAACUCAAGCAAGGCAGCUGUCCAUGCUUACAGCGAUACUCUGCGCGUCGAACUACGCCCGUUUAACAUCAAAGUCGUUACAGUCAUUCUAGGAGGCGUCAAGUCGAACAUCUUCGAUUACCCUCCCAUUCCGAUCCCCCCAAACUCCCAAUACCUGGCAAUCGAAGAGGAUUUUAGAUCAGCCAGGAAGCGCCCCAAAGAUCAUGGUCUGGCUGGAGAGAUACUAGCCAAAAGAUUCGUCAACGCUGUCCUCAAGCCGUCCCCUCCAAGGCAUUUGUAUGUAGGAGCAGGAGCGACGAUACUGAGUACAUUGGCGUGGCUCCUCCCUCUCUGGCUGUUGGACUGGAUGGCAGCAAAGGCCCUAAAGAUAGAUAAGCUGGAAAAGAUGCGCACCGCGCGAAACUCAUAG